AUGGUACGAGUUAAACAUCGAUAUAUCAUUUUCAAAAUAAUUCCAGAAGACCUUAAUGCUGCAGAUUUCGGUGAUGGUUACAGUAUUCCAAAGAGUUUAGCGAAACCAUUUAUUGAUAUGUUCGGAGAUUUUGGAGCUGGAAACGUUCUAACUUCUGUUAAUUUAGUUGUAUGGCAACCAGAAAAAUUUACAGGUGUUUUAAGAGUAGCUCGUGAUUGGGCAACAAACUACGUAAAAAUGUUAGACACAAUCAAAGAUAUCAAGGGAAUUAAAGCAGACAUAAAAGUCCCUCAUAUUUCAGGAACAAUUGAUCAAGCCCAAAGAUGGAUUGCAAAUAACCAAGAAUCUUUGAAUUGA